AUGUUUAGCGACCUUCCUCAAAGAGCAGGGAUGAACAGCACUCGGAUCGCGGAGGUGUUGAAUUUUCGGCGUGCGCUUCCGCCCAUUGUUUCUGUUGCGCAUGUCCAUAUGUUGAUGAAUGCGCCGACGAAGGUCGAGAGAGAGAUUGUUGACCUCGUUGAUUCCGCUCGGGUUCGAAAGCUUUUUAUUCCCGGGCGCGGAUUCGAUUCUGCUGGCCUGGGAGACUGUUUAAUCUUAGUUCAGGAUUGGGAGGACACAGUUAGAAGCAGCUCAUCCGUAAAAGAUGAUCUAAAAGAAAAAUUCCUUGAACUUCUACGCAAAAAUACCAAGACAUCGGCCGUUGCAGCUGGUAUUUUCACUCCAGAGGAGACCUCAUCUUUAGUUCGAGCCGGCUUCCUCGUAUCCCCGUCUUCUUUAGCUAAGCAUCCAUCUUUUGACACUUCUCUUACUUCCAUCCCCGCCUCUAGACGAAGCCAUGCUUUAAAUAUAGUGUUACCAGGACAAGAGAUAGCAGUAUCCGACCAGAGGAAAUCUGGAAUCUCCUCUAUGUUUCUUUCAAUUCCGAACCUGGGUCCUUAUCUCCGUCUGGUAGGCGCAGCGAGAACGCAAAUCAUGACUCUGCUAAAAAAGUCGCGCUCAGGCGAAGCCCCUUUGACCCUCAUUAGGGACCGAUGGGAUGGUGCUGUUGAGUCUGAGGUAUAUUACAAUGUUUCUAAGCGAGCACGAGGCGAAUCCGCUGGUGUCUUGCCUGGAAAAACCAAAAAAUGGAAAGAGCUCUAUGGGUUGAACUUCCGAUGGGCUUUGGAAGAGGCCUUGGGCUCGGGCCUCAUUGAGCUCUUUGAUACCGGCAGUGUCGGGCCUGGCGUUCGGCGUGUUUAA